GAUGGAUGUCUCGCUGGCUGGAAAUCCUGAAGCGUGAGUCGGACGCCGGCUUUCAUCUCGAGAUUCCCAGGUUUGGAUUUGGUGAUCCAACCUCCUACAGCAUCGUGGAGCAGCUGGUUGUGGCGAUGGGCCUUUUGGGCGCCGUGCGACACGGUGCGGAGUGCUUCAACUUCUACUUUCCCCAGGACCUGGAUGAGGAAUUCCUGGUGGUAUGGCCCAGCUUUGGACCGGAGCAACCCUGGCAGUAUCUUAGCGAGCCAGAGUUACGGGAGUUUCUGCUCGACUGCGUGCAACGGGGCUAUAGCUUCCCCUU